AGCCUCAUAUGACCUGCCUAGGCUGCAAUAUGGUUAAUUUUAUGGUAACUGAGCUCCCAAAUGCUAUUCAAUAUAGUUACCUGUAGAUGAAUUUCAUUAAUUUUAGAAUAAGCAACAUACCAUAUUUUGAUGCGCUUUUAAUGUUGUGCACUAUACUAACAAAACAAUAGGGCAUAGGUUUUAGGCUUUGGUAGAUAUGUAAGAUCUGGCAAACAAAAACAACACGAUUUUAAAGAAGUAUUUUACAUGUGAAAUCAUUUUAAACAAGGGUCAAAUUUGGCAUUAAUUAAAAAUGACAAAUUGGUGUUGUUUCAAGUAUAACUUAAGUUUUUUUAACACCACCAUUCCCAUUCUUUUUCAAAUGAAGUUUUCUGACAGUUAUACUGUUAUGGUUAACAAUUGGAGCUUAUUUUUACCGGAAGUGACGCAAAAUAGAAGUGAUUUACCCAUUUUCAGGAGGCGGUCGAAAAUAGGUUGUGGUCGAAAAUAGGUUGUUCCGGGACAUCUGCAGGACUCAGAUUGGAGUUUGGACUCCACAAUUUUUGUCAUCAAAACUCGAAUUUACAGCCAAAUGAAAGAAAUGGAGGAACGUGAUGUUGAUGCAAUGUUUGUAUCAAAAGAUGUGAAAACAUUUGAGUUUGACCAGGAACUGCCAAGUCUCCCUGUACCUUCCUUACAACAUACACUGGACAGAUACCUCGACUCUGUGCGUCCGCAUGUGACAGAUGAGGAGUACAGACAGACUGAAUUCCUUGCUCAACAGUUUGCCUCAGGCGUGGGCAAGGAGCUCCAGAAUCAACUGCUUUCAAGGGCUGCAAACAGGAAGAACUGGCUGGAGCGUUGGUGGCUGGACUAUGCCUACCUGGAUUUCCGACUACCGCUCUGUCCGCCUCUAAAUUUUGUUGGGCCCGGCCCGUAUUGCACCCACUACCUUUCUGCUAGGCCAGGCUCGCAGAUUGAGAAUGCAGGGCUUCUUGUUCACCUGAGCCUCAACUUCUGGCAUAUUAUAAGACAAGAGCGACUAAAGCCAGACUUGGAUAGUAAAGGUCGUCACAUGACAAUGGAUCAGUUUCGGAGAUUGUUCAGUACAUGUAGAAUUCCAGCACCGCAGAGAGAUCACCUGAACGCUUAUUUCAAAACAGAAUCUGAGGGACCAACACCUUUUCACAUUGUGGUGCAAUGUCGGGGUCGGAUAUUUGUGAUAAAGGCUGUGGAUGACAAGGAGGAACCCUUGACCCCUCUGGAGCUUCAGGACCAGUUUCAGAAGAUUAGGGACCAAUGUGACAACCAGCCUGAGGGGCUGGGGAUAGGGGCUCUCACUGGGGAAAAUAGGACAACUUGGGCUCAGGUACGUAGCCACCUGAUGGCAAUUCAUCCCGACAACUUCCGACACCUGGAGAUGGUACAGAGCAGUAUCAUGUGUGUGAUCCUGGAUGAUACCUCACCACAGGAUGAAACAGAGAUGUGUCAGUUAGCUUUGGCCGGAGAUUCCAGCAAUCGCUGGUUUGAUAAGUCGCUCACAUACGUUGUGUUCAAGAAUGGAUUAGCUGCUUCAAACUGUGAUCACACACCGAUGGACGCUAUGUGUUUGGUAGUGUGUACCUACUAUGUUGACCUUCAGGUGAUCAAAUGCAAAGGGAAAUGGCAGGGCACAAAAGAAAUAAGAAAGAUGGAAGCCCCAAAGGAGCUUGUUUUCACAGUGGAUAACGUGGUACACCGAGCCAUCAGCAAUGCAAAACUCACGUACAACCAAAUAGCGAACAAUCUACAGGUGAAGAUUAACCAUUUUACCAAAUAUGGGAAGACAUUUCUACGCAAGUUAAAGCUCCACCCGGACACCCAUGUACAGAUGAUGUUACAGUAUGCUUAUUACAAACGGCAUGGAAAACCAGCCCCAACCUACCAAACUGGGACCACUCGGAGAUUCUACAACGCUAGAACAGAGACAGUAAGGUCCUGUACACCAGAAGCCAUAGAGUUUGCUAAGGCCAUGAUGGACCCCAAACUCACUGUAAGUCCCGAGGCAGUUACCCCAACAAAUUAUAAAGAUAUUUGGAAGUAUAUCUUUUCUGUGUUUGUGAAAUUGUGA